CUCAGACCCAGUCUUCUCAGUCUGCACGUGGUGCAUGUUAUCAAAAUGGCAAGUGAGAACACAGAAGAAACGGACCAAAUAUUGGCUGAAUUUUUGUCCUGGUGUGAGCGAAACGACCUUAAAUUAAGUGAAAAGGUUGGUUAAAAAAUUAAAACUGGCAUUUAUUGUACUAAAGUGUCCCUCCUUUGUCUAAAAAAGAGUUGGUAGAUAUUAACAUGUUGGCCAAAAUCAGCUGCUUACUCUACUGAUAAAACAUAAAUUUUCACCAACGCAUCCACGAAAAAUGUUUCUUCUAAUCGCAUCCAAAAUUGUAUUGGAUGAAAGGAAACAGUGCAGGGAAUUAGGGCUGUUAUGUCUUAAUUUUUUUUGCCUCUAGGUGAAGGUUGGACUGAAGGGAUCUUGUCAUCGUUAUGGCAUGACAGCUGUGGAGAACAUUGAGGAAGGGGAAUCCUUGUUUCAAAUUCCACGGUCACUUGUUUUGCAACCGAAGACUUCAUCCAUCUCCAAACUUUUUGAAGAUUUAUCUGAUGAGGAUGAGUUUGAAUCAGAAAGAGGGUAAAGAUAAUUACACCUGAUGUUAGUGGAAACGGCGUGUGUUGUUAGUGUUAUUUUUUGGGGGAAGUUGGAUCAUUCUGUGUCUUUAGAGUCAAUAGGAUCUUGCUGUGCUGAAAGGAGGGAGAGAGAGAAUACCAGUUAGAAUAAAAGUUUAAAUCAGAUUGUUGGUGUGACUUAGAGGUAUUUUAAUCUCUAUGUCAUAAUCAUUUGAUGUGCAACCCCAUUCUAGUAACUUCAUUGAAAAUGCAACUCCAUUACAGUCAAUUCAGUUGUGAAAAUGCAACCCAUCCAGUGGCACAUCCCCAUAAGCCUUUUACGAGGAAGUAUCCCCUCUCCUAUACCUAAAACCUUACCUGGAAGGGGGGCAAAUUAGUUGUCUGUUUUAAAAAUGUGGUGAAGGAGAUGAAUUUGGGAUUACUCAGGAAGAAAUUCAAGCUAUGGUCAGAGUGGGUAUUGAACCCACCAUAUGCAGAUUUCAAGGUUUACACUCUCACCACUCAGCCAGGCUGCUUCUACUGUAUAAUUAAGUUUCGGCACUGAGUUGAUAACACAAAUUGACCAUUGUAAAGAGUCUCAAAGCUGAAGUUUUGAUCGUUAGCCUCUCAUUAGAGUGUUCACCCUCAUCUUUCAUUCUGACAAAGGGCUAACACUCAAAACAUCAGCUUUUAAACUCUUUACGGUGGCCAAUUUCCUCCAUCAACUCAGUUGAUAAUACUGAAUUACCCUGUUAUACUCUCCCACUGACACUGCACCACAGUUCCUUCAGAAACUUACCCCCUUUAUGCUUUUACUGCAAUCACCUAUUACUUGAGUUUUGGUAAUAACCCAGUAAUGUUCUUUAGGUCUGGCUGGGCUCCUCUUCUCCUGACAUUGAUGUACGAGUACACUAAUCCAACAUCUCACUGGAAGCCGUAUUUAAACCUGGUGCCUGAAGUAACAGUCUUGGACCAACCCAUGUUUUGGAACGUAGAGGAGAGACAAAGAGAACUGAAAGGGACUGGGAUUGAGGAAGAUGUUGAAAAUGAUGUACAGGGCAUUGAGGAGGAAUAUAAUACUACAGUUUUGCCUUUUAUUAAGAAGUAUCCACAGUAUUUCAGGUAUCGAUCCUAGAUUAGGAGUUUUAUUUUUAAGAAAACAGAUUUAAGAAAGUUGUCAAAUUUAUUUGGUAUGAAUAAGUUCAAUUAAGAAAAUUUUUUUCCGAGUGAAGAAUGGAACCAAUAGGUGGAAGUUAAGGAAGGAAGUGGGAGGGAGGGGGGUGGGGGGGGUGGGGGGGAGGGUCAUUUUAUAUUUCAUUCCUGCUACCCACCCAUAUGAAUCCACCAUUUACUUUUCUCUCUUCUCCUAUACCUCUCACCUCUCUUUUCUUGGGCUUCAUUCCACUCUCUCUCCACCAGAGACCCUAUUUGUUAUUGGUCUUAUGUUCAGCUCAUAAGCAAAAGGGAACUUGAGGCCUUUAGACACAAUAGAGGUUUUUUUUAAGGCAAGCAUCAAGAAGAUCAAAAGAUUGCUGAUUGUGUUGUAAAGGAGAGGGAAAGAUGGUGAAUUUGAGACCCUGGUGCUAAAUUAACCCUUUUACUCUCAGAAUUGAUUAACAUGUAACUUCUCCCCAUUAUGUCCAUACAUCAUCCAGCAAACAGGUGAUGAGAAUACUCAAACUAAUCAGGUGGAAGUUGUUUUCUUGAUCUAAGAGGGAAAUGAAAUGUUUAGCAGCGAGAGGGGAGAAUUAACAAUCAGUUCUUGGGAGUUAAAGGGUUAAAGAAAAUUGUCGCAAUUUAAAGUGGGCAUCACUAAAGAAUUAAUCAAUGUAAAUUAUUUUCUUUUUGGUUGAAGCGAGUCCUGUCACAGUCUUUCUCUGUACAAACACAUGGCAGCAUUUGUCAUGGCCUACAGUUUCACUGAACAUAAGUCAAGUCCUGAUGAUGAUGAUGAUGAUGAUAGUGAAGAUGAUGAUGAUGAAGAUGAGAAUAAUGAUGCAGCUCCUGCCAUGGUGCCAAUGGCAGACAUACUUAAUCAUAUCAGUAACAAUAAUGCUCACUUGGAGUUUGGUGCUCAAACUUUGACAAUGGUGGCAACACAAGAUAUUCCAAAGGUGAAAUCAAUGUUGGUGAAUUUAAACUGGAUUUGUCGUAUAUGUAUGAUCGAGGAUAAUUUAUGUAAUUAGGCUUAAACCCUUAAACCUUAGCAUCAGUAUGUAUAUUCUCCAUGCUGUUCUCUACAUAUUUCUUAAGGUGCUGAUAAGGAGAAUUUGUUUGACAAUCACAAGUUUCUUUAGUUGGUGAUCAUUUCCUUUAUUCUUGUGACCUAGGUGUUUGAUUCAGGGGUGAUAUUGUAAGGAGAAAUUAGAUACUUGUCACUCUUAGGGAUCAAAGGGUCAAGGUUCUGAACAUUUUUAUAGAUCCGUUUCAUAAGGAAGUACUGGUAUUUCCACAGACCUGGAGUCAACCUCCCAGUCACAACCAUGUCACAAUUACCUUACGUUUCCUUCUGUGUUUUAUUUCAGGGACAGGAAAUUUUCAAUACUUAUGGUAACCUUGCCAACUGUCACCUGCUGCAGUCAUAUGGAUUUGUGGAGGAAGAAUUACCAAAUCCAUAUGACAUGGUGAGACAUUCAUUUUAUAUCCACUAUACAUUGUAAGAGGAAUUAUUUUGUGACAAAUCUGUUUUGUUUUCAGGUAGAAUUACCCAUCAGUGCAUUUAUUGAGACAAUGAAGGACAAUCAGUCACAACAGGAGAAAGGAAUAUUUCACUCUAAGCUUGAGUUCCUAGAAGAAGCAGUAAGUAACUUAAUUAGGACCUGUUUCUCGUGGCAACAAUACCUUAACAAUGUACACCCUAACAUCAGUAUGCAUACUCUCCAGACUGCUCUCUAUACUUUAACUGAGGUGUUGACAUGGAGAAUUUGUUUUACAAUCGAGAGCUCUUUUAGUUGGUGAUUAUUUCCUUUAUUCUUGUGAGGUAAAUGUGUGAUUUAGGGCUAAUAUUAUGAGGGGAAAUUAGAUGCUAGUCACUCUUUGGGUUCCAAUAUAUGGAUUCCCCCCCUCAGCAGAAAAGUUGUUUUUCUGGAAAGUGUUUUGUCACUUAUAACUUAGCCUGCAGAACAUGUGUACUGGUAAUUUUUUUUUUUGAAAUGAAAUCUUUUAGCCACUCCUCCCCUCUUUUGUGACCAAUCAUCUUAUCCUUACCCUCAAUUUCCCAAUAGCAUAAAAAAGUUGCACCUGUUCAGCAGGUUAUUACAGCUUGGUAGUGUUAGUUAAUUCCAUUGGUAUGAUAUCCAGCUUGCUGUUUUGGUAGGGUGUGGCUUCCAAGGAUGAUUUGUUUCUUUUUGGACGUGAGGGAUGUUCACACUUUGGUCCAGAUUUGUAUGCUACUCUGAGAGUAAGUAAUGCAAAUGCCUAAUGUGAUCAGUUAUCAGGACAACAAAUCAUUGUUCUGUAUAUCAGAUGCUGUGGCUAAUCAUGACUGACUUGUGCAACUUGAGUCUCAUAGCCAACAACAACACAGCUACACUGACCAAACAGUUUACAUGAACCAGAUUUAUAUGCUGGACUUACAACAACUCUUCAUUAGACUCUGAUGAUGACAUCUGCUUAGGUUGUUGAAUUGUCAGUCACUACUACCAACAACAGUCCUUCUCAGGACUACCCUUACCCAGACAAUCACACCACAAGAUCAAACACUCUUUUCUUGUUAUGUAUGUUGCAUUAUUGUGACUGAACUAUCUGUUAUAAUUUUUGUCAAAUUUUGUAACAUGUUUGUUUUAAGAUCCUUCAUUUGUCUGGAGAGAAGUUCAAACAAUUAUUGGAAGAGCAAGUAAAGAAACAGAGAAGUGAAGAAUUUGAUGACAUUGGACAUGUGCUGGAUCAAAUUGACGAUGAAACUAAAAAGGAUACAUGUUGGAGAUUCUUGGAGCUUGUUUAUAAGGCUGAAUGUAACAAAGGGAAGAAGAAAAGGAAAAUCAAGGAAAAGGACUUGCAACUGAAACAGAAGAAAAUUAAAACUACUGGCUAUGGAAAUUCAGACUCCAUGGAGAGUCUACUGAUCAGCACUAAAGAUUGUGGUAACAGACACAUACAAACUAACAAUGGCAGUUUAGAAAAAAACAAAAUUGAAAGUGAAAAUGAAUUAAAUCCCUGGUCCAAAGAUGAUGCUUGUGCUUGUGUGAAGAGAACUUCAGACCCAGGAAAAUGUGUUGCUGAGAGAGAUGAAGCUUCAGAUGUAAAAAGCACAGGGAAAAAGAAGCUGUGCUGUGAUGAGGAUGGCAAAGCUGGUGGCAGCAGUGAUAUCAGUGGGGAUCGCAUAAGUAAUGACAAUGAAACCAACAGCAGAAAUGACAAUUAUGAUGAUGAUGAUAAUGACAACGAUGACAAUGUCGAUGACAACAGUAAGGAUGAUGAGGAUGAUGAUAGUGAGGAUGAUAGCCAAGAAGAAUCUAAACAAUCUCUAAGUUAUGGUAAACAACACAAGCUUUGUUAG